AAUACAUUUCAUUAAAAAUUCUACUUUUGGAACCAAAAAAGUAUUCAGUUCAAAAUAAUGUUUAAUCUGAACAUAAAGAUCUUGCUCUGAAAGUUGAAAGUGACAGAUUGGACGCAGUUCACAAUAGAGCUUAAGCUCUACUGUGGAUUGGUUACAUUUCAAAAAUGAAGAAAAAUGUUGAAAGGUCACCUGUUGCUUAGUUAAUAACAAACUCCCCUUAUUCUGUAUGGUUUAUGUCUGUAAAAUGAUAUUACAAAUAUAUUGAAAUCUUGUAACAAUGAAUGGUUUUGCUACCAAGAUGAAUCCGGAGUACGCAGAAAUGGUUGCUGCUAUAGCAUUUGGUGUUUUAUCAGCAAUUUUUGUCAGUGCAUUCAUAAUUUUAGUAGUCAUAUGCAGGAGGCAAAGAUUAUUCUAUAAAGCAAGCUAUCUAGAUUCUCACCAUGAAUUUUCAAAGCCAGAAAAGCAGUUAAUUGAACCAGACAGACCAGAGUUAGAGUUAGGAGAAGUCAGUAUGAAUUUUGAAGAAAUUUUAACAGAUGAACAAUGGAUUGAUGAUGCAACUGGCCUCAUUCCUCAUUGUUUGGCUAUUCUGAAGACAUGUAGAUAUCUCACAGAGAGACUGACAGCAUUGGCAAUGAACUCUACACCAAUUUCUGGAAACUUCAGACAAAUUGUUGAGAGUGCUAAGAGAAUUUCUAGUCGAGUGGAUGACAUGGUGAGGAGUAUGUAUCCUCCAUUAGAUCCAAGACUGUUGGAAGCUCGAGCAGCUGCUUUGACAUUAGCCGUUACUCAUUUGGCUCUUAUUGCCAAGUACGAGUGUGGACAAAAAGAAAGGGGUGGGCUUGUGUGGAUUGACCAAUCUUUAGAGGACAUGGAUAGUCAUAUGAUA